AUGUUGUGCCCGACAAAUAAUUUUGCUCUUCAACUUAAUAAAUAUUUUGUUGAAAAAGUAAUUCCACGAAAAAACUCAAUUUAUAAAGCUGUUCGAGAAGUAUCAAAAGUAGUUACGGAAGUAUUACGUGAAGUUGAAGCACAAGAGCCACGAUUUAUUUCGUCACUCAACGAAUUGAAUGGCCGUUUCGAAGGUUUUUCAUCGGCAUCGCAUACAGAAUUCGAGGUUGUGCUCUAUUUGAAUCAAAUGGGUGUAUUUAAUUUUGUUGACGAUGGCACCAUUCCGGGUUGUGCCGUACUCAAAUUAUCCGAUGGUCGUAAACGUUCAAUGUCACUUUGGGUAGAAUUUAUAACAGCUAGCGGUUAUUUAUCAGCACGUAAAAUUCGCUCACGCUUUCAAGCACUUGUUGCUCAAGCUUGUGAAAAAUGUCCGUGUCGUGAUUAUGUUAAAUUAUUAACUGAUACGUCUGAAGUACGUCUUCGUAUUCGUGAAAAAUAUAUUGUACAUAUUGUACCAGCAUUUCGUUGUGCUGGCUUGUGGCCACGUUCGGCUGCUCAUUGGCCAUUUUCUCCGACGCAAUUUUCUAUUUGGCCAAAUCCAAAUCAAAUCAAUGAUGUUAAAAAUGAAGGCUUCAAUAUCCUAUCGAAAGAAUCCAUUUAUAUGAAAGAUAAACAAGCCAAUUCUGAAGGUGACGCAUGGAUCAUGUCAUUUACGGAAGCUGAAGAUCGUCUUUUACAAGAUGGUACUCGACGUAAAUGUCUGUCCGUAUUGAAAACAUUGCGUGAUCGUAAUUUUGAUUCAUCAGCAAUAUCGAAUUAUGUAUUAAAAUCUUUAGUUUUAUAUGAAUGUGAAAAACAUCCGAACGAACAAGAAUGGUGUGAUGAUACUACACUGGGCGAUCGUCUCAAUGGAAUUCUAUUACAAUUAAUAUCUUGUUUACAAUGCAGAAAAUGUCCGCAUUAUUUUUUACCCAAUGUUGAUUUAUUCAAAGGAAAAUCUAUUCAAUCACUUGAUAAUGCUGCUAAACAAUGUUGGCGUUUAACUCGUGAAAUGCUCAUUAAUAGUCAUUGUCUUGAUAGGUUAUAA